CCCGGAACUUUGGUGCCUGGGUGCAGCUUUAGCACUCGGACUGUGACGCUUGCGUAGCCGGAAAUGGCUGCGAGUGUUUAAGGUCCAGCCUGGCUUCCGGAGCCCGCUGCGGCGGUUAGUGAGUCGGAGACCGGGGAUGGAGGCCGUGGCAGCCGGGGCGGUGACGGAGAGGAAGCCCGAUGAUGACUGUGUGGAGCCCAGAUGUGCACACUGGGGGGAGCUGAGCCAGACUCCUGUUCCGUCUGUACCCCAAGACAAGGAGGCGAAGGAGAGUCCACCAGGGGUCCCCAAUGGUGACACCUCCCAGACUGAGAGUCCAGCCGUGAGUGCCAUGCUGCAUGCCAUCGCUGCCAGCCACCUUCCUGUGUGCAGCCAGCAGCAGGGUGAGCCUGACCUGACAGAGCAUGAGAAGGUGGCCAUCCUGAGCCAGCUGUAUCACCAGAAGCCACUGGUGUUCUUGGAGCGCUUCCGCACAGGUCUCCGGGAAGAGCACCUGGCCUGCUUCGGCCACCUGCGAGGAGACCACCGAGCUGAUUUCUACUGUGCUGAGGUGGCCCGACAAGGCACUGCCAGACCCCGAACCCUGCGCACCCGCCUUCGAAACAGGCGAUAUGCUGCCCUGCGUGAGCUCAUCCAAGGAGGCGAGUACUUCAGUGACGAGCAGAUGCGGUUCCGGGCCCCGCUGCUCUAUGAGCAGUACAUAGGACAGUACCUCACUCAGGAAGAGCUCAGUGCCCGCACACCGGCCCCCCAGGGCCCCAAGCCCGGCUCCCCCAGCACGCCUGCCUACCCACUCUCUGACCUGCUCUUCCAGUCCUACCAGGAACGGGAGCUGCAGCAAAAGCUGCUCCGGCAGCAAGAGGAGGAGGAGGCCUGCUUUGAGGAGGAAGAGGACAGCGAUGAGGAAGACCAGAGGUCAGACAAGGACCCGGAGUCCUGGGUGCCCGACUCGGAGGAGAGGCUGAUCCUGCGGGAGGAGUUCACCAGCCGCAUGCACCAGCGAUUCCUGGAUGGCAAAGAUGGGGGCUUUGACUACAGCACGGUGGACGACAACCCUGACUUUGACAACCUCGACAUUGUGGCACGGGAUGAAGAAGAGAGAUACUUUGAUGAAGAGGAGCCAGAGGAUGUGCCCAGCCCAGAGCUAGAUGGGGAUUGAUGGCUCCCACCCUUCCAGCCAGGGACACACUUUGCCCAUCUAUUACAGGCUCUUAGUGACUGGGCCCUUCGAGGCAGGCCCCCAGGCUCGGCACACCUUAGACGGUGCCCCCACUUCUGUUUAUGGGUUCCCACGCUUCUCCCUAGGAACAUCAUUGCCCGCCCCUCCCCGGCCCCCUCUUUCCUCUCUGUGAUGGGGCCUUGCUGUGUUAGGCUGCUUUGUAGCCCUGUCUGGCCUGAAACUCAGUCUUCCCGCAGGCGAAUCACGCUCUGCCUGCUGGUCUCGCUCUAACCCCGCCCCCUCACGUCACUGCCCCCUCCUCUAGCUUCCUUAGGUCUCCAACUUCUGUGCAUCCACCCUUCGGCCUCUCUCUGUGCUGUGGGUGCUGUGCCCACAGCAGAGCCCUGAACAACUCUGGUGGCUGCAGCUGUCACACAGAUUCUAGCUUUUAGCUCAGGCUAUAGCUGAUCCGUUUCUCGGCCUGUCUCAUUCGCUGGUCACCCCGGCUUCCACUGAGAGCCCCCUCUCCUGCGCCCCACUGUUCAGGCCUCCUGGUUCCGUUUGCAUCUCCAUUUCUGUUUCUCUGCGCACCUCUGCCUUUCUGUCUGUCCCUCUGUCUCAGCCUUUACGCCUCUGCUCCUGUGUCCCCGGCCCACCCAGGCAUGGCAGCUAUGGGCAGCAGAAGCUGGGUGCCCGGUAAGAAGACUUCCCUGUGGGUGGGGGUGGGGAGCCCAGGGGGCACCCUGGCUGGGAUGCUGACAAAGGCAGAGCUGGGGAAUUUGAAGGAGGGACUGUCCCCUGCCAGCCCCCCUUCCCAGCCACAAUUUUCCUUCUCUUCAUUUCCUCCACCUCCCUCUCCCCUGUUUACAUCCCCAAAUACGCAUAGGCUGUUAUCAUGGGUCUUGAGUCAUCCCCCUCUCUCUCUCUCUCUCUCACACACACACACACACACACACACACACACACACACACACACACACACACACACACCAGCCUGCUCCAAUGUCCCUGCCCCCAGCAGGCCACAGGGCCCGCCCCACAGAGCCCCCUGCUGCCCUGGGCUAAUGAGAGCCAGAUGGCUGCCUGUGACUCAGCCCUGGCCUGUGGGAACCCAGACAGCCUACCUUCCCAUGCCCCACACCCGGCCCCUGCGGCCCGAGCAGACAGUAGGGACCUGCGGCUGUGAGGAUGGGACCUAGCGCGUCUGAGCCUCAGGACCCAAGCUGCUCUGAGACAGUUGGGGCAUUCUGUUCCGGCCAUGCCUGCAGGACCCUCAAAACUGCUUGUCAAAGAGCCAAGGUCCUGACACCCAGGUCAGCUAAACUCCCUGAAGAGCUACCGGGGGGCAGAGGGUGUCUGCAUAAAGAAGCUGGAAAUGUGGACAGGUCCUUCUCAGCAGCUCCUGGGCAAGGCUGCCUGGCACAGUGACACCUCCUGACAACUGCCACCUGUCACAAACCAUGGAAGUGGCCCAGAAAGGCCACCCACAUCUGUGAGAUCACCUGGCCUCCCAGGCAGAGCCAAGACUGGGACACACUCCUACACACCACUCGGCCAGGCCGCCAGCAUGUGACUGCCAGGCCAGGGCUGGACAGUGGCGUUGGUAGGAAGACAGACUUCCUUACAUGGGAGCGUGUAUGAUGGAGGCACUGUAACAGUGUGAGCUGUAACACUAACACUGUGAGCCCCCCAGCCGGCAUCCCCGUGGGACAGGAGCCAAGAGCAGCGCUCUUGGGGGAGUUAAGUAUUUCCACAGUUGGCCAGUGUUCUGUGGCAUCAUUAAAUUUCUUUAAGAUAGAAA